AAACUAGACUGUAAAAAUGGAUGAGGUGUUCGCCCUGCACAUGGAUAAGCUGGACGUUUAUGACGUUCUCCUUUUGGCUGGCAUACUGACGGUUAUAAUUCUUAUUUGUAUUUAAUUAAUUAACAAGCUCUCGUAACAACAACAAAUAGUAAAAACACAACAAACGAAAUGUUGCAAGAAGAAGCGUGGUGAAAUAACUGCUGCCACAGCAGGCACAACGAAUGAUGUUACCAAAGCGAAAUAUGUGAAACAUAUGUUUUCCCUUUCUAUCUCUCUCACUCUCCCUAUGACUGUCUGCCACUAGCUCUCAUCGAUGGUCGAUGUCAGUGUUGAACAAUGCUUUGUGGACAAUAAGAGAUGCGGUAUUAUUAAGUUAACAAAAAAUUAAAUAACAAAUAUAAUUUUGAACAAUAGUAUAAUAGUGAAAAACAACAAUAACAGAAUUUGUAUUACACUUCACUCAACCCACCACACCCACACACACCAAAACAACCAUAUAUGCAUGUACAUAUGUACAUAUAUAUGUAUACAUAUAUAUUUAUGUAUGCAUAUAUAAAUCAGUUCGGUUGCUCACAUCUUGGUAUUACUCUUGCGUGUUUAUUGUUAUUAUUAUUAUAAUUUAGCAAAUUUGAUUUCUGAAAAUGCCCAUAUAAUUUAUGUUUGUAGUUAAAAAAAAUUUA